UGAACGCAAGACAAAUACAUUCAAGUUCGUUUGUACGUCUGGGUACCACACUUUAUCAACCGGCGGUUUUUGCGAAUUUUGUAAAAUGAAAAAUGAGAGAAAUCGGUGUUUGAAUCCCCGCAUUAGCGUGAAAUUUAUGUAGAAACUGAGCAAAGGUUAGCCUCAACAGUACAUUGUUACCAUGGCAACCACUGGCACCAAGUCUGUCAAGACUGGUUACCGACUCAGUCCAAAUGAGGAGGCUGCGCUAAUCAAACAAGAGAAGGAGAGACGACGGAAAAUAAGGAUCCAACAGGUUCGAGAGCAAGAGAGACACUUUGCCUCCAAGAUCAGAAACAACGUCAGUAAGAAGAAAGGAGAGGAGUUGAAGAACCUGGCGCUGCAUCUGAAGAAAGAUUGGGAGGAGGCGAAGAAGGAAAAGACUGAUGCUUUACAGAAGAUGUUUGAGAGGAGUCUGGAGAGUGUUGGGGACGGUCACAGGGCCGCUAGCAGUCAGCCUCCACUAGCCGAGAUACGUGCAGCUCAAGCCUUGAAGGACAAGCAUGCUGCCAACGAGCGCUACAGCAGCGCCCUCCAGAGACAAAAACAGGAAGACGAACAGCACUACCUGAAAGAAAACGCCCACAUCAUAGCCAGGAAGGCUGCGAUACAAACUGAGAAAGUUCGCGCUGCAAAGAUUGCAAGUUUACCGCCACCAGCCAAGGACCCAAUUGAGGAUCUGGACGACGUUGGCAAGGAGAACAAAGUUGUGACGGUAGUCAGUGGUUUCUCUACGAGUCACUACCAUCUGAAAGGAGAGUAUGUGGAGAAGGCAGAACCUCGGGAACAGGAGGAUGCCCGACUGGCUGCGCAGGAGGAGGAGAGGCGAGCUAAAGAAGACGAGAUGGCGACGGAGAGAGAAGAGAAAGAGAGAUUGGAGAAAGCACGUCUGAGACACCAGCACGCCAGGAAGCAGGAGUUACUGCAUCAAGAUUACACCAGGCUGAUGGAGGAGCUUGGACAGAUGGAGCAGGCCGAUCGGAGAAGAAGGCAGGCCAUCGUGGCUAACAUACCGCAUCAAGUGUUUCAGCCGCCUCACAAAAGACUUGAAGACAAACAAGAAGAGCAACAGAAGCUGGAGCAGGCGUUUGAAGACAUGUACAUGACAAACACUGAUUACACCGGCGACUUGAUCCUUGCACUGGAGCCCAAACCUAAGAGAGACACGGACCUAGAUGUCACGAUUGACUCGGUCUCUGACGAUGCUGGUAUCUUGCUUCAGCCGGUCCCGAUGCCGCCAACGAAGAGAGAGGAUGAGGGGAAGAGGUUCCCACGAGGGUUGGAUGAGGAAGCUGGCAAGGUGGCGGAGCGAACGAUCAAAGAGGAUCAACCAAAACAGCCUAGAGCUCCUUUGAAGAUGUUAAUGGAUCGCAUCAAGAGUCAGCGAGAGGAACUGAAGAAGAAAGUUGUGCUAGCAGUGCCCAGCCAAGAAGGCCUUCCUGUUGAAGAGCCAGACACCCCACCAAGUUCGAGAGACUUACCGUCUCAGGGUGCAUCACCGUCUCAAGAUGCCCCACAAUCCCCCGAGGCAUCCCAGGAUGAAUCUGGGAGCGAGAAGAGCACGCUGGACACCUUGGAGACAGGCACGCUGUCUGAAGACACCAACAAGCAAGAGGAGAAGAUGAUGCUCUUGCAUCCUAUGGAAGAAGCUGCAAAGAUUAGAUCUGCUUCAAAGGUGCCAAAUGUAGAGCUGCAGAAGAAAGUGCAGCAAGACAUAAUGGCCAAAGAGGAUGAACAGCGACUGCGACUGGCUGAAAAGCAGCUGCAGGACCACACAGAUCACCGAGACCACCUGCAGAUGCUGCAAGACAACCUGCUGCAGCGACAGCGCAUGCUGCAGCAGCAGAUUGGGGAGCAAGAAAGGCUGCACAGGGAACAGCUGCAGUUACAGAAGCAAGAGUUUGAACAACAGCGAGCAGGGUUGUGGAGAGACGACGCGCCGCAGCAACCGUCAAUUAAGCAGCAGAGGACAGAACCAAAACAGCAGCAACAGCAGCCGCUUGAUGAUAACAUGCAGCAGCAGCGGGAUAUACCCCAACAGAAUCAGGGUCCUCAAACUCAGAGUCACUCACACGCCAUUCAACGACUUAUCAGACAGCUGCAGAUUUCUGACCAGCAGAGACAACAGCAGCGAGCACAGCAGCAACAGUUGACACAACAUGCAGGUCAACAGCAUGAUCUCACACAGUACCAAGAGCUCCCAGAUAACCUACUGCAGCAGCCGCAACAACAGGUUGAAGUACCCUCUGUGUCGGCAGAUGUCCAGUUACCCUGGCAAAGACCCAGCCGCCAACAGGUAGAACAGGAACACCCAACCAGAGAUGUUCCUGCAAAACCUAUCCAUCAAUGGAUGGACCCUUUUACUGUCCACAAGCUUCCCUCCAGUCUUGAACAGACCGGAGAGCCACGGCAGCCACAAAGCUCUCCUCCGAAGGUAGCUAACUUUCAGUCAGGCGUAGGUGGAUACCAGAUUCCAAUGACGGUGCAACAGGGGCAUAGCAAGGAGUGGUUAGAAAAGUUUACCCUUGACACUCAGAGAUCAAGCCAGCUACCACCAGACCAGGCUAGGACGCAGCCACCGAGCCGUGACACGCUCCAGGAGGCACAGGUACGACUACAGCAACGAAGAGAGAGAAUCAUGCAGCAAUAUCCUGAACUCAAACUGCCUCCUUAUGAGCCGUACUUCAAAGAUACAACCACCACUUCGUCCACGGAACCCCUGAAAGACAUAAAGACACAUACACUGGCGUAUCCAGGAGUGUUUACAGAUGCUGAGCUGGGAAAGCUCCCCGAUGCUGAACAACUUGUUUCAAGUAUCAGUGGAGGCUUACCGACAUCCGCAGAUGUCUCCGCAACAACAGAGGUGUCUACAGCAACAGGUGUAUCCACGACAGGUGUAACUCUAAUGCCAACAAGUAUUUCUGCUUCAAGGCCUGAUGCUACCACAUCACAAUCGGAUGUCUUGCAACAGUCAGCUAGUAGUCCUGGUACAGGACCUGCUCUUCAUGAAAUGGAGAGGCAAUUGGAACAGCAUCGGCAACAACUGCUGAAGACACGACAACAACUGCAGCAGCAACAGCAGCAACAACAGCAGAGGAUCCUAGACAAACAGAGGGUGCUAACACAGAGGAUAGAACAGCAGAGACAGGAACAGCUGGCCAGGCAAUCCGGAAAGGGGACGAUGUCACAACCAGAAACGCAAGAAGUGUUAGCAUCGGGAUUGGCGACGUCACAAUCGAUUCCACAGAAUAUGACGUCAAAAAUACCAGAAGGAGCACCAAGAGACACCUUCUCAGGGGGGACGAUGUCACAGCCGUUACUUCAAUAUGUGAUGACAUCACCGCCAGGAACUCCAGAGGUGAUGAUGUCAUAUUCUGAUGCACAGCCAAAAAUGAUGUCUGGACAUCUUGGAGUCUUUGGAGAACUUGAGGCUGAACAAACAAAAGCAUCCGAGGUUCAUCCAAGUGGAACUCUUUCACAACAGAUUGGCCAGAGAUUGUCAGAAUCUGGGACAGAGGACACCUCAGAUAAAGAAAUGCCGUCAAUUUCCCAGGGUAUCUACAAACUUCCUUCCAUGACGUUAGGACAAACAACUUACCCGCUUGAUCCGACUGGCAAAUCCACAGAUAGUGAACAACCAUCCUUUCACGAACUCUCUCCAGACAGCAGUGCUAACCUCACUGAGAGUUCUGAUCAUCACCCAGCUGAGAUUGCUUCAACCCCCGAGGAUGUGAGAUCUUUUCACGGCCAAUCAUCGCAGUAUGACUGGGCAACCAUCUUGGCUUCCAAUACGGAUCCCAGUAAACCCGUACCUGUCCAGUCUACCUUGCCAUCAUCACUGAGAAGUCAUAGACACACCAGACCUCCUCCAGCACAGUGGAGACUGCCUCAGCCAGUAGUGGAAGCAGGUCCUCAUGAGCUCAGUACCAUCUUGGAGGCAGAAUCACCGAGACGUAAGCGGUUGUCCAGAAGUCACCCAGAGUUGGACCCACUCGCCUCUACCCCACACAAAACCAGCCCACCCCGCAUUGGUACCUCUCAACAAGAUACUGAAGCCAGCGAGGGCCCUUUUCAUCUCAGCGACAAGGCUUCUGACAUGGCGACCACAACCAGCCAAGUCAGCGGCAGGGACUUAGUAAAGACCUUGCAUGCAGCAGAGACUGUGCAGAAGCCAGUUAAAUAUAGCCAUAGUCCAGGACAAGCUGAUACAUCAACAUCAACUACUGUUCCAAGCUUUGCCGUGGAUGUUGGUCACGGUGUGCUGUCAUACCCCUCAUCAAAUUUAAUGACAAUGGGAUUGACUACCCCUGUAACUACGGCCACAUCCGUAUCAGUAUCCACCUCGACCAUCACAUCUGCUCCCCUCACAAGUCCGGCCGUCAUCCACAUCGCCUCUCCAGCUACCGACAAUGAGGACGUCUCAACCCAACCAGACUCCUCAGUCUCUGCAUUGAGCGAUCACACCUUGACACAACCUCAGCAUUCAUUAAGCAGCUCGCUCCUGAGCGAGGAUUCUGUCGAGCGAUUCCUGGCUCUCUCCGCCUACGAAAGCAGCGGCUCGGAAUCAAUAUCCUCGACAAGUGCCAGGUACCAGGUGCGGAUGCUCGGCAGCGACAAGCGAUCUUCCAAGAGCCCCAUUUUCAAGGAUUUUGUGACGGACAUUCCUCCUGGAAGUUCCUGGCAGCCAUCUUUGCCACCUGCGACAGUCACAGCUGAGGGCGCUAUUCACAGCCUUCCCACAGUGCCUCGGCAAAGCAUGGAAUCAGCAGAGUAUACUCUAGGUCCAGUCUCGCCCCAGAGCAUAUGGACAGAGAGCGACACGCAGAGUGGCUCCUAUCUAGCUGGAGGAGUACCAGCAUUUCCAGUGUUCAGACGUUCGGACAUACCUAAAGACGGCAUGCCUAUGUUCUCAGAUGUGUCUCUUAGUCACUACAACACCUCGUUAGAGAGUGGUCCGAGUGUAUUACCUCCCUCUACAACGGAUCCUGGUUACGUGCUGAGCCAGCAGGCUGGCGUGGUUGAUAUUGGAGAAUUGUAUAGGAGUGGUUUCCCGAGAGGAGAACAAGAGCAGUGGUUCAUGCCACACCAAAGCUUGGAUAACUCAGAACUGCAUCUGCCUAACAGGGGUGCCACUCUCGAGCCCAGUCUGGGGAAGAUUCCCGGAUCCAGAGAGAUUUCUGGUGACACAGACUCGAGGACGUUGGAAUCUCGGCCAGAUGUUGGAGAAGAUGAAGCACCCGGUGUUGAUGAAUCUUCCAAGCUGUCUUAUGCCGGGGCACUUGUGGAGGAAUCUCAUGAUGCGUCGGAAGCGAUGGAUGACACGCUACAAGAGGUCAUGAGGAACAUUGCUAUCAGCGAAAGUGAGACUUCCAAAGAGACAGGCAUCGAUGAAGACCCUGAUUUAACCCUCGUCUCUCUCAACACCACUCUGACAUCCUCCGUUGCUCCUGACGAAACCAACGAUGAUGCAGAGAAAGAAAGACAGUGGACAUCCGUGGAACUCGCCAGCGACUCGAUGGUAUCAUUCCUGCAUCAUGAAGAGGAGAUGUCAUUGGAGAGUCCGGCUAGAUCCGGUUCAGACCAGUCCAAGACAGCCGGAACCGGUUCACAGGCAGAGGCUCAAGUUGAAAACACACCAGACUCAUCUACUGUCCGCUCGAUCAAUCUACAAGAAGCCUUUCAACGUCACAAGCAAUCCUUCAUCAGGUCGAGUCAGUCCCGUCAGCUAGAGGUCAAAGUUCAUGCCGAUAGUCACCAGGCCACCGCCUUCUCCCAGACCCUGGACAACUGGAAGAGAUCCCGUGGCGGGAGGAUCCAGCGAUCAAGGAAGACCAAGACUGGCAAAAGCCCAGCAAAGGGACCAUUGGUCAAAGGUAAAAGGUCAAGCACCGGGUCAACCCCAAGUGGCCAUCGAACUUCAUCGAGCGAUACCGCACGAAGCAAAGACAGGAGCAGAAUAUCCAAGACGAUAACGACCGCAGACCGCAAGGCUUCAGAGAAAGAUAUGUACCAAAGAAACGUCAGAUUGUACGGCCAAUUGGAAGAAGUGCAGAGGCAGAAGCUGACGCAGCAGCGGCAGAAAGAUUACACGACGAACCGACAGCGACGUAAAGAGUUUGAGCAGAAGCUACAAACGCGGCUCAACAAGUUGACGAAGCAGACUUCAAAACCGUCAAGCUAGAAAUUAACGUCUGUGCAACUUCGUUUUUAACCCCUUAAGUACGGGGUGUAAUGGGGACAUUCCUCCACACAUAGAGCAAGUGGCCCGCAUGACUGCACAGCCUUUGUGUGGUAGCGGGACUGCACAAAAGCAGCAGCUGUGGAACUACCCACUAGCUGUGCGCCAC